UUUUUUUUUUUUUUUUGAGCCUGUCUGUUUUUUCCUGCAGUUGUUUCACUGUAUGUUGUUGCUUAUAAAAGAGAAGGGGGAAGGAUGGGUACCAUCAAGAAAAAUCCUGAUGAAGAAUUUUGGUACGAUCGCAUUGCAAAGAAUUUUUCUUUUCCGCGGGACGCGGAUCUGUCUGAUCCUCCUGCUGGUGGCGCAGGUAAGAUUGUGUUCGUUGUUUGUCCUAACUUUUCACUUUAUGCCUUAAUUGUUCUUUGCGCUUUGUAGGUGAGUUGUCAAACUUGGGCGUAGGCUCUGAGAGGAAAAGGCGUGCUACGGCUAGUAAUGUUGCGCCCAAGAAAGGUGAUGCCGGAAAGACUCAAUCUUUCAAAGUUAGAAAUGUUGAGAAGAAAGGUAUGCGCCAUUCUUCUGACAAGUGUGAUUAUGUGGUGGUUUCUGAUACUUUGGAGGGUCUUACGCCUGCAGUUACUAUUCGGCGACCGAAAUCAGAGCCGAAAGAUUCUGCUGAUAUUCCUCCAUCCAACCCAGAUGAUCCAAUUGACUUGGAAUCUAGUCCUGAGCAUUUGGUGCAGAGAGGAGCAAGCAAGAGAAAACAAACUGAUACUAACGCGGAGGAUCAGCCUCCUAAAAAGAUUCAAAGAAAGAAGAUUACUCGAAGGGGGAAUCUUGAUGCUUUUGUUACGGAAUCUGUUCCUGGUAAGCAGCAUUUUUUCUUGUUUCCUUUUUACGGGUUAGAUUUUUAUGGAUUCUUGUUCUUACAGUAACUCCUGUUGCUCCAACCCCUAUCGAUGUUCAAGCUGUGAAACAUGAAGAACUUCCUCCUACUCCUCCGCAUGCUUCUGCAACUGUUCAAUCAAACGCUGCAGAAGGUGCUGAUGAGGGUGCAGAGAAGCCUGUUGAAAUUGAGAGGCCUGCUGAUGUUGGCCUAGGCAAGGUGGAUGAUACGGAGAAUCUUUCGGCUCCUAAGGUGGUUACUCAAGACCAAAGGAGAGGGUCAACCGAAAAAAUUUCUACUCCUGCUCCUUCAGAUACUACACCGGAGCAUAUUGAGAAGACAACAGUUGAAGAACAAGACUCAUCAGCCGGUGCUAGUAAGCAAUCUCCUAUCCGUCCAGAGGAAACUUUGGGAGAUUAUUAUUAUCGGAGCUACUCGGAGAAGGAUGCUGCUGAUCCUCAUGCUCCUGUCUGGAAUUUGAAGAAAGGGGAUAAUUUUGCGGACUGGCAUGUGUGCCAAGAUUGGCUGCAGGGGAUACUUCCGCCUGGGGAGGUCAAGUUUCAAGAGAGCCGAUCUUGCGAUCAGGCCUAUCAGUCUUACGUUGCUGAGACCACCGCUCAUGUUUCUACCACCCAUCGUAUUGUUUGAGAGUGGUAUAAUAUGCAUAAGGAGCAAAAAUCUUUUGCGGCGGCUCAGAAGAAAUUCUCCAAUGAUGAGAGACGCUUGGCGCAAUUGAUGGCGAAACUAAAAGAUGAUCAAGCCAAGUUUGAAGCUGAGCGGAAGACUGGGGAGUGGUCUGUUGCUGGUUGGAAAAGAAAGGCUGAAGCUGAAGCUGCUCUUCUUUCUGAAGAACGAAAAAACUGGAGGAAGAUUUGUGAAAAGGAUAAUGCAGAGAAGGCAAAUCUCCGUAUUAUUAUAAAUAACCUCAAAGCUGAUGUUAAAAAGCUGAAGAAUCAAGAUGCGGAGGUUGAGAGAUUGAAGAAGGAGAAAGCUGAUUUGGAAGCCUUGUUGGCAGAAGCUCGUGCUCAUAGGGAACGUAGCGAGCAACGGGAGGUACAAGCUUUAAGUACUCUUGCCAUUAGGAAUAAGGAACUAGAGGAACUUACUGCUUUGGUUUCUGACCAGGAACAACUGAAAAAAGACCUGGAGCUUGCGCGUUCUGAACAUGCUGAGUCCUCCCGCCGCUUGUCUGCAACCGAAGAGAAAUUGGAAAAUUCCGAGACGGCGCGGGUUUCAGCAGAGAGCGAGCUUGAGCCUUUAAGGAAUGAUAUGACCUGGUUGAAGGAUCGUGGAAUUGCCUGUGUUGCUGAAUCUGUGUUAAACUCUAAGGAGCUGGAUAAAACUGUUGCGGAUUUAGUGGUUGCUGCGCGACGGGAUGGUUAUGCGCAAGGUUAUGCAGAAUGCUCCCAUCAUGUAACGAGUGCACUGAAGGUUACUUGGGAUGACAGCAAGUCUGCUACUUUUGGUGUAAAUACUGCGGCCGCGCUUGCUUCUAUGAAGGCGGAGUUUAAUAACUUACAACUCCCAGUUAUGGAGUUGAUAGAUGUAGCGCUACAAUCGGACGAUCCGGUAGCGCAGCUUAAAGAAAUCUUCCCUGAUGAGGGAGAAAAUUUAGAGUAGGGUGAAAUUUGUUUCUGAACAAUUUGUGUUUUCCCUUUUUCCUGUUUGUGGGAUGUAUAUCCUUGCUUUGUUGCGCUGUUCGCGUAAAGACUCGAAACACUGCCGUGUUUGAAUCUUGUCAGGGCGUAUUUGUACGCUGAAAGUAAUAUGUUUCUAUUUGUUUGAA